AUGUCAUGUGAUUUCCGUGGAAAUGAUCUAUCUAACGUCCAAAUUGCGUCAAAUCUUUGUGGUGGAAAAUGUGCUCAAACUCAAGGAUGUACUCACUUUACAUGGACUCAAUAUAAUGGUGGUACUUGUUGGAUGAAAUCGGGUACAGUUUCCAAAAGUGAUGCCUUGUCAACCAGUGAUUCAACUAUGGUCUGUGGCGUAUUGAACGACAGUCAGCAAGGAGGAGCUACUUCGACCGUUCAGUGGAACGGAAAUGAUUGGGCUAUGUCAUGUGAUUUCCGUGGAAAUGAUCUCUCUAGCGCUCUAAUUGCAUCACAAUUUUGUGGUGGAAAAUGUUCUCAAACUCAAGGAUGUACUCACUUUACAUGGACUCAAUAUAGUGGUGGCACUUGUUGGAUGAAAUCGGGUGCGGUUUCCAAAAGUGAUGCCGUCUCAACCAGUGAUCCAACUAUGGUCUGUGGUGUGGUGAACAUUGCUGGACCAAAUCCUGACUUAGGUCCAGUACUUUCUGGUGUUCUUGCAACACGUCAUGGAGCUUAUGAGUCUGGUGCUUGUGCACUUCCAACUUCAAAUUACGUUGUUGUAAACCCAGUUGCUCUGGGAGAUAUUAGUACUUUGCAGCAGCUCAAAUUCCGGCCAGAUCUAUGUGGUCAUGUUCUCAAGGUUGAUUGUGGUAAUGGACCAUUGGAUAUUGUCAUUACAAACUCAAACUAUGGAGGAGGUCUAGAUCUUUAUGGUUCUACUUGGGACAAACUUACUAACAACAAACCACCUGGACAAACCUAUUGUAAUGUUCAAUUAACUUCUCGUAAUGCCUUUAGCUUUCAAGAACCUCGAUGUUACUACAAGCCUGGAACGGAUAAUAACAAUGCGUAUUAUCAUAAUGUUGGACUUUUGAACACAGGCAGCCGUAUUGUUCGCGGAGCUACUAUCGAUAACCGAGCUGGACAGCAUCGGGGGGACAAUCCUUACUAUGCGUUUGAUUUUGGUCCAAUUGAUGGCAACAAACAAGUUGUCUUUACUUUCGAGGAUGGAACUACUUACUCCGUUUUUUUACGAGAUUGUGUAUAUCAAGGAAGUGAACAAAUGUGGAGUUGA